AUGACAGACGACACCACUUCGCCCUUUGGGCCGCUCUUGCUGGAGCUGGCCAGGAUGAGAAAAUCAAAUUUAUCUGCCGCCAUCGACGAUGUUGACAAGAUUAUUGAUCUAUUAAGCGCUGCUCGCGAGCAAGUAGCUGCCGAAGAUGAUAGCCACAGAAUCAUGAUGGCGUUGACGACGCUGCAAAACCCCGUCAAGUCUCGGCUCGAAGCGAUCAAUACAGAUUUAAAAGAUGUCAAUAAAGCUCAAAAAGGGUUCGGCAAGGCUCUGGAUAAGGCCCUCCCACAACGCGACCUGCCCAUGGAAACAGACGCCAUGGCCGACCAGUCCGCCCUGAUAAACCGAGCCAUUGCCAUGCACCUCCUCCGCGAGGGUCAGUUCUCGGUGGCUUCGACCUUUGUGCGGGAAGCACGCGACAACCCUCUCGACGCCGCCCAGCACCCGUCGCAGAAGACGCCCACGCCGUCGCAGGUCGAUGCCGACGGCGACGACGACAUGAUCGGUAUCGAAGCCUUUAAAAGCGACGUCGACUAUGACGACGACGACGACGACGACGAUGACGAUACCUUCGCGAGCCUCACGGCCCAGCUCGACGGCCGGCACGGCGGCUUGCAGCAAAAGUUUGCCGAAAUGUACGGCAUCCUGAGCGAGCUGCGCAGCCGCAACCUCUCACCCGCCAUUCAGUGGGCGCACGAGAAUAACGGCCGGCUCUGGGCCAAGGGCAGCAACCUCGAGUUUGAGCUGUGCAAGCUGCAGUACGUGUGGCUCUUCAAGGGCUCCGCCGUCAACGGUCUCCCUGACGAUGCGCAUAACGGCCACGCAGGCGCCCUGCUUUACGCCCGCCAGCAUUUUGGCCGCUUCCAGUCGCGGCACCUCCGCGAGAUUCAGCAGCUGUGCUGCGCCAUGGUCUAUGCGCCCAACCUCGACGCCUCGCCGUACCGGCACAUCUUUGAGAUUGAUUCGGCCUUUGACGACGUCUCGGCUUCUUUCACCCGCGAGUUUUGCGAGCUGCUCGGCCUGGCCGCCGAGUCGCCGCUGUACGUGGCCGUGACGGCCGGCGCCAUCGCGCUGCCCCGCCUCAUAAAGUACACGACGUACAUGCGCGAGAAGAAGACGGAGUGGACGACGGAGAAUGAGCUCGCGUUCGAGACGCCCCUGCCGCCGUCCAUGAUCUACCAUCCCAUAUUUGUCUGUCCCGUUAGCAAAGAGCAGACGACUGAGUCAAACCCCCCCAUGCUGCUGCCUUGCGGCCACGUUAUUUGCAACGACAGCCUCAAGAACAUUGCCAAGGGCUCGCGAUGCAAGUGCCCGUACUGCCCAACCGAGGGCCACAUCAAGGACGCCAUUCGCAUCAGGCUGUAA